AUUUUUAGAACAGGGGAAAUAGAUAUAUCGCUAUAUGCCGCCAUUAGAGUGUUCAUCGAAGUUAAAGUGGUGUAGGCCUAGAUGUCUAACACACGAAGGGGUUAAUCGAUUUGACACAUUGGCCUAAAGAAUGGAGGACAUCAUUCCUGGGGACGGUACGGGUCUGGUAACGGAGGAAUGUGCAAUAUGUAUGAAUGUGUACCGAACCCCAAAGCUGUUGGUGUGUAGACACACUUUCUGUAGCGUGUGUCUUAAAAAGGUCAACUCGUCGGCAAAAAACGCGCAGAAUAUUCCUUGUCCGGUUUGCCGCCAGGUUACCACAUUACCAAGGGAGAAAACUGUCGAUUCGUUACUGACAAACUUCUUUGUGUCGUCGUGUAAUGAGUACAUUUGUGAUUCGUGUGAUUAUAGAAGCCAUGUGCCCCUGCUAGAGUGUGCCUCUUGCUCAUUCUGCUUGUGUAAAACAUGCUUUGAAAAUCACGGAAAAAGUGAUGAUAACGACACAAAUAACAAAUGCCACGACACAGAUAUUGUAGAUGCUUCCGCUAUCUAUCCUGAUGAUCCAGCCAUGAGAGGAACCAUUCAGCACCUGUUAAAUGGACUCGUCCGAUCCUGUUACUGUGGCGAUUUGCAGGAUGGCUUCACUGCCCCAGGAGCUACACGUGUAACCAAAAUCAUACCCGUUUCUGCAUAUAGUGCCUGGAUCUUGUUAGAUGAGGGAUCAGAUGUAUUCAAAUUCAACUUAUCUGGGCAUAUAGAGGACAAACGCACAGUUGGACGCGGAAAAACAUUAGACAUAUGUUGGAAUGAAAAAGAUGGCUUACUCGCCAUUUGUAAAGAUGUUGCGUCCAUUUUGAAGUGUAAUUCAACUGGAAGUGAAUUGCUCAUCGAUACCGGCGCUUAUUACCCGACGUCUCUCUGUAACUAUGAAGAAAACGGCUUAGUUAUCGGCGCUUUGGACGUAAGUGCGUCUUCAGAUGGCGUAAGUUACGUUAUGAUAUACGAUUCGGAUAGGAAUCUUGCCGAUAUCAGGGGAAUCAACGAACGCUCGACAUUCAAACGAAUUAAUUCAAUCGAAUAUAAUGCUUUGACUCGGCAGAUAUGUGUUGCCGAUGAGGAACGGAACAUGGUGUACUUAUUAGGGCGUGAAAUGACGUGCGAGUCGUACAAAAAAGGGAUUACUUUCCCAACACGAAGCCGACCGUCGGAGACGGAGAGGCCUGACGAAUUCACCCCUACUUCAAUCUGCUGUGACCAGGACGGGACGAUAUUCGUGCACGAUUUUUCUUCCUCGUCUAUCCACGUGCUCGGUCCAAAGGCCAAAUUACUAGGCAUGCUGCUGGGUAGUGAUGAUGACCAUACCGGUGACCCAGCAUGCAUUGCUUUCGGUCCAGAUAAGAAAUUCUGGAUCGGAGACAUGUUUUCCGGACAAAUUAGAAUUUACAGUAUUGAUAAAAUGUUUAAUCGUGUUCGACACCGAACUGCACAUUUAAGGAUAGGUGGUAGUGAAGAAGGAAUGAAUGCUGCCCUUAGAGAAAUGCUGUGCAGCAAUCCGGCAAUGGUGUCCUCCCAGGAUGGAUCUGGCGGACUCUCAAUGGAGACUUUACAGGAAAUGUUGUCAGGUAAUAUACGAAACAUUGAAAAUCUGGGAUCGCUGGGACAGCAGCAGGGUAGCAGUGGCGGGCCAGGUGUUGUCGUAAGGCGUGGCAGAAACGGGAUUGAAAUCAGGUCCUCACAAGACCCGGAUGAUCCAGAAUCGAAUCGAGAGGCGCGGAGGGCAUUUGCAUUUCAAGUUGUAAAUGAUCCACAAACGGCGUCUGCAUUUCAUGAAGAUGGUAUUAGUAUAGAGGAAGUGCUCCGCGCUUGUACGGAAGAUGCCUAAUUAUAUUAGCUCAAACCUCUUAUUGGAAAGUUUCUUUUUCGAACUUCAGGAGGUUUUUAUAAGCAGGUGGAUCAGCUUUACAAAUUCAGAUUGUCAAUGUAUACAUGGCUUUGUUGAAACUACAUUUGUGAAUAUGAACUAUUGUUCUCCUUUGAAAAGCAAAACGGUGCGUUAAAUAUGACUUUCCGAUAUAAGAAGAAAGCUGUGUCAAAAUCUGUCUUUCGAGACAACUACAUUUUGUGCUUGUGAGGAUUAAUGGGGUGUCAAUCUAAUAGACGCUUCAAACAUGAUUACUUGUUAUGGUAUAUAGCUUUGUUUAUGACUGUGUGUGUGAACUUUUCAGGCAGUCAACUUCUGGCCCAGGUCCUCAAGUUAACCAGGAGAGAGCUCUGUUGUACACGUCAUGCAACACAAUUGAUCAGCAUUAAAACCAGGUAUUAAUAUUGUUAUAAAAUUAAGAGAAAUAAAAUAUAUAAUAAG